CGUAGAUGACACCUGGCUCGCCCUUGUCUGUAGCAAUCGCUUCAGAGGCGUGACGGCCUUUCCCAUUGAGACAUUGUCCUGUCGAAGGGACCACAUGAGAGGACAUGCGCUGGUUCUCCGCCGCUCUUCAAGUGCUGUCCAUAGCCGCCCUGCCAACGCUUCCUAGUGGCAGUGGAGAGGCGAAUAUAACCCCACCGCCGCCGACGACAACAACACCGGCUCCUCGGGCGGACUUGGUAUACUUUGACGUCGACACCUCACGCGCUGUUUUCAAUCUAGCAUCCCACGAGCUUACGAGUCCUCUGGUAUUCGACGUGCAACUCCACCAAGUUGAGGACCCUCUUACCAGCAACCUCACAAUCAACGGUCAACAGCUUAGCGUGGACGUGCUCGACCUCCUCAACGACGAUCUUGAAAGUGACCAACCAGGAAAAGACCCAAUCCAAUCUCCACCUCGCUUGAACAUAAACCUCGCCAUUACAGACCGGUCUGGUGCCAGUCAGUUUAUCAACGUAGCCGUGGUCGGAUUUGCCAGCUUGAGACCUCAAGCAACCUACGACCACAUCCAGGCUGAGCCUGAACAUCACCUUCGCAUCGACAUCACCGCAGUAGAUCAUCCUUCUGAUUCCUGGGGAUUUGAACUCCAGUCCCGUCCACUCCUCCCCGGCGGCGGUCUCUUCAAAUUUAUUCAGCUCAGUUCGGGCGACCAAGACCCAGUGGAGUCCAUGUACCACUCUCACUCCAUCCUGGAUCCGACUCCUCUUGCCCAUCUAAGUGAUCUUCCAAAAUCUGUUCAUGAUGACUACAACGUUGCAGAUGAGAUUGAGUCUCUCAUCCUCCUCGAGGCAGAGGCCGGCCACUUGGACACGGAGAUCGCCGCACGGAAACAAGCUAUUGCGAAAUGCCUCAAGAACCACCGCGAUCAGGUCACAUUGAAGCAUCUCCUUCGCGAGUGUGAUGGCCUCACCUGCGCCGCCAAAGUCGUCGCUCAAAGGAUCUGCGAUAAUAUUGGCAUCCUCACCGAGCCGGCUUUUCAAUACACUCAAGUCGAAGCCCAUUCCUCUCCUCAACAAAAGCUCAUUCACUUCGACGACGACGACGACAGCUCCACCGACUCCAGCGAAGAGACUCUCCCGACCACCCAUACCGCGGCAAACUCCAAGACCCUGCAAUCUUCAACUCACCACCUCUCCGCCUUCUCACGCACCGCUCCAACGAUCAUCGUAACUCCACAAUCCCUCCUCCUCAAAGUCCUCGCACUCCUCGCCUCGGCACUCGGCCUCGCCGCUCUCGUCUCCUAUCUCCGCUUCAAGUUCCAAUCUCCUCGCACGCAAGUCGACCGCCUCGCCGCAAAGGAAGAACGACGAACAGCUCGCGCUUACCGUCGCGCCGCUCGGAGAGCAGAAAUGCGCCGACGGUGGGGCAAUUUCCUGGAUGCACUCAACUGCUGUAAAGCGGGACGAGGGAAAGGAACGACUUACGCCGACUUUCAUGAUAGUGGACGGAGGAUGGAGAAUUACGACGAAAAGCGACGGUUGAUUCUGCAAGACGCUUUCCUUGAACAGGAUAUGAGUACCCACGCGAAGGGCGAAGUCAUGGAAGCUGAGAUCCGAGAACUCCGCCACGCAAAUCAGAUCGUCUCCGCGCUCGUGCACAACGCUCCAGUACGUGGUCCAACUCGAGCGCACGUUCCCCAGGGCGCUGUGGCGGGCUGGGUCGGCGACGCCGAGACGGGAUGGGUACAGACGCCGAUGGCGACAGGGCGAUCAAGGGCGAGUACAGAGGGUACAUUGCCGAGUUAUUCGAGCGAAGUACUACCCGACUAUCGCUCACGGUAUACUCGCACGACAGCCGCUUCGAGCUCAGUCCGCAGCGACUCGGUCAUCGCAGCAAGCUCGACGCCGUCAUCUGUAUUCGGGCUGGAGCCGAGCGCAGAAGGAGAAGAGGCCAGCGCAUCAAGGAGUGGCGCUGGCACCAAUACAGCUGGCUCUGGCACCGGCUCCGGCACAGGAAGCGGAAGCGGAACCCAAACAAGAAGCCAAUCACCCAUGAGCGGAACCAGCGGCCGCACUCAAACCAGCGGAUUCACGGCUUUGAGCAGCGUGGUGGAUGUGGAGAGCGGUUAUCGAGCGAGCGGAGAGACGAUGAGGACGAUUGCUAUGAGGUUUGAAUAA